AUGGCUCCACGCAAAAAGACCGCUAUAGCAGCCAAGUCCAGCAAGACUCCGAAACAUAGCCAAACUAGCAUCACUGCCCCGUCAGCUUCUCUGGUAGCAGCGCUACCGCCAUCGCGCGUGCACGAUACGUCAUACCACUAUCCCCUACUUCUCAGCGGCCAGUCUGGAUGCGAAGCGCUAUUGAGUUGGUUUAGUGGCGUCGCGGAGACACGUAGCAUGCCAUGGAGGAAGAAGUGGAUUGACCCGGACGAGUACGAAGACGAAGAAGAACUUGGACGCGUCUUAUCAAAGAGGGCGUAUGAGGUUUGGGUGUCUGAAGUUAUGCUCCAACAGACUCGCGUUUCGACGGUUAUUCCUUACUUCAAUAAUUGGAUCGCAAAAUGGCCUACGGUUCAGGAUCUUGCCGAGGCAGACCAUGACGAUGUCCUCUCUGUGUGGAAGGGGCUUGGUUACUACUCACGUGCCACACGCCUUCAUGAAGGUGCGAUAGCCAUGAUCGCCAAAUCUGCCGGUGCUUCUUGUGCUCUUCCGAGCGGUGCCACAGAGCUACAAGAAUUCCCCGGCAUUGGACGAUACACUGCGGGCGCAGUGUCGAGUAUCGCAUUUGGCGAGGCAGAAGCCGUCCUCGAUGGCAAUGUGAUGCGCGUGCUUAGUCGACAGCUGGGCUUGUACAUGGACGUCAAGGACAAGAAAGCUACCGACGUAAUGUGGGAUAUGGCGGAUCAACUCAUCAAACAUGCCUCUAACUUUCCGGAAACGCGCACAAGUGCCGUACCAGGGUUAUGGAAUCAAGCGCUCAUGGAGCUGGGUUCCACUGUCUGUACGCCGCGACCCAAGUGCGAUGAGUGUCCUAUUCAGGCGACAUGCAGGGCCUAUAGCGAAGGCAAGGCGUUAUCUGACAAGUUUCAGUCACCGGCUGUAGUACCUGACAUCGAGGAUGCAUGUGCUCUAUGCGCGUCUAUGGACACCGAAGAUUUGGUUGCAAUUGCUGAAGAUGCAGCAGAUGAUGAGCCGCCACAAGCGACCAAGAAAAGAAAAGUGGCUGCAAAACAAAGCAACAAAAUCUCGCAGUACUUUGCUGUUGGCACACCCAAGUCAAAUGUGGACACCGAAGACGAUGAAGAGGAUCGUGGCAGUCCACCUGCUGAGGAUUUGAAGAAGCGGAAGCUAUCGCUACCUACCAGGGAGUCAAAAUCGAUCCCGACAUACUGCUCGCUCUUCCCGAAAAAGGUGGCGAAGAAGAAGUCCGCCGAAGAAGAUUGUGUAGUGUGCAUGGUAGAGUUACGCUCAGCGGAUGGCAGCAAUAAAUGGUUUAUAGAGCAAAGGCCCGCCAAAGGUCUCCUCGCAUCACUAUGGCAAUUCCCGCAGAGCCCGCUGACUGCAUCACAAAAGACGCCCCAGCAGCGCAAGACAUUGGCGCAGCAGUAUAUCUCAGCUCUCGACGCCGGCACAAUUGAUAUGAGCAAAGCGCGUUAUGUUGCGAGUUUUCCGCCAUUGGUCCAUGUCUUCACCCAUUUGAAGCUUAACAUGCAUGCCUAUCAGUACAGGAUUGACGCCGAUAACGCCGACAAUAUCGAACUUAUAUGCAAGGGCCCGCCCGCCCGCAAAUGGGUAGACAGUGGAUCCAUGGACAAGGAGACGUUGUCCACGGUGUUUUGCUCAGUCGAGCGCAAGCAACCUGCUGCUAACAUGGCGGAUGUGCCAGCACCAACCCCAAUCACUGAAUGGCCGGAUUAUGCUGUCGACCCUAACGGUGGAAAUGUUAUGACCACUGACCUCAACGCGCUCUACGACAAGGGCGACCUGUGCUGGAUGCUGGUUAGCACGGUACUAUGUUGGCAAAUCACACCUGCGAUCGGUUUCCUUUACGCAGGAAUGCACCGCCGGAAAGCAGCGCUUACCAUGAUCUUUCAAUCCCUUUUCUGCGCAUGCGCGGUAGGCAUCCAAUUCUGGGUGUACGGUUACUCCCUCUACCAGUCACAUACCACGGGUCCUUUCAUAGGAGAUUUGUCCAAAGCAGGUUUACACAACACUCUUGGCUCACCUUCGCUCGCGAAUGCGGAUAUUCCAGACAUCCUUUAUGCCGCUUUUGGUUUCACGUUUGUCACCUGCACCGCAAUGAUCUUGGCAGGAGCGAUGCUUGAGCGAGGGCGUCUAGGGCCGUCGAUGAUAUUCUUGCUCUGCUGGACCACUUUCGUGUACUACGUGCUCGCAUAUGCGGAAUGGAAUCCUAGUGGUUGGCUUUACAAGCUCGGAGUCCUCGAUUUUGCGGGUUCUGGUCCUGUGCAUAUUGCGUCUGGAUUUUCUGCUUUAGCAUGGGCGUUGAUGUUGGGCAAGCGUGUCGAUCCGCACAAGGAGUCGCAUCAUCCCAGGAUUCCGCACUUCAAGCCUCACAGCCCUUUUCUUGUUGGGCUCGGCACGAUAUUGAUCUGGUUCGGAUGGUUUGCGUUCAAUGGUGCCUCUGGUGCUAAUAUCACUAUUCGUUCUGUUUACAUCGUCUGCAACACCAACCUCGCGGCCUGUGGCGGCGGUAUGGCAUGGGUCUUACUGGAGUAUGUAUUCACCCGCAAGUUCUCGAUUAUCGGCUUUUGCUCAGGCAUCAUCUCCGGCCUUGUCGGUAUCACGCCGGCCUGCGGAUUUGUUCCUGUCCAGACAUCGGCGCUGAUCGGUGCUCUCACUGCUUGCGGAUCGUUCUUCACAGUCCGAUACAAGUACCUCCUCGGCAUUGAUGAGGGCCUAGACAUCUUCGCCAUACAUGGUGUUGGCGGCUACAUCGGCGACAUCAUGACUGGUUUCUUCGCUGCGCCCUACGUACCCGCCAUGGACGGCGUAAGCAAUUUCUACGAGGGUGGCUGGUGGGCCCGGAACUGGAAACAAAUGGGAUACCAGCUGGCUGCUGCGACUACAUGCGCAGCAUGGUCAUUCGUCAUUUCGGCCAUCCUGCUGUUCAUUAUCAACAAAAUCCCUGGUUGUCAUAUUCGCGCGACCGAGGACGACGAGCUGAGGGGACUCGACUACAAAUAUUUUAGUGAUGCGGACGACGACAUGAUGGUCUUGACCGGAUAUGGGCCUAGGACUCCUGGAUCAACAGCGUCGGGUGCUGCGAGUGGAUCCGAUAGUCAUCAAGACGUACCUGUUGUAACGGAGAAACAAGACUGA